GACCCGGCGGAAAGAGCCGAGGCCAUGGGGCUGCGCCGGGCGGUCCAGUUUUGCCGCUGCCCCCCCCAACUGUGGAGACCCCCUGGGAGGGGACCCCGGAGGCCACUUGUGGGGCUGGUGCGCCCCACACUUGUGGGGCUGGGGCUGGGGCUGCCCCUGGCCGGGAGCUGGAUCCUGACGACCGAGAGCCCUGAGAGCCGGCGGCUGCGGCUGCUGCUGGAGGGGGCUGGGCGCUUCCUCAGGUCCUUGGCCGUGGGGCUCCAGAUCUCCCUGGACUAUUGGUGGACCCUGAACGUGGAGCUGCGAGGGGUGGACGAGGAGAGCGCAGCCUUCGCAGCCACCAUGUCGCGGUGCCACCGGCGUGGUGCCGAGCGGCUCCUGAUGGGGGCGCUGCGCAACGGAGGCCUCUACAUCAAGCUGGGCCAAGGGCUCUGCUCCUUCGGCCACAUCCUGCCGCCGGAGUACGGCGACAUCCUGCAGAGCCUGGAGGACAAGGCCCUGCGCCAGGAGCACAGCGAGGUUGACCGCCUGUUCCUGGAGGACUUCCAGACCACCCCAGCUGGACUCUUCCAACACUUUGACUACCAACCCUUGGCUGCUGCCAGCCUGGCCCAGGUCCAUCGUGCCACCCUCCCCGAUGGCACCCCGGUGGCCGUCAAGGUGCAGUACCUGGACCUCCGGGAGCGCUUCCACGGGGACAUCCGGACGCUGGAGCUGCUGCUGCGGCUGGUGGGGGCCCUGCACCCUGCCUUCGGCCUGGGCUGGGUGCUGCAGGAGCUGAAGGGGACCCUGGCACAGGAGCUGGACUUCGAGCAGGAGGGGCUGAACGCCGAGCGCUGUGCCAGGGACCUCAGCCACUGCCACUUCCUGGUGGUGCCACGAGUCCACUGGGACAGGAGCAGCAAGCGGGUCCUGACGUCGGAUUUCUGCGAGGGCUGCAAGAUCACCAACGUGGAGGGGCUCCGGCAGCAGGGGCUGCGCCUGCAGGACGCUGCAGAGAAGCUGAUCAGAGUCUUCGCCGAGCAGAUCUUCUACACCGGCUUCAUCCACGCCGACCCCCACCCCGGGAAUGUGCUGGUGAGAAGAGGCCCUGAUGGCAAAGCCCAGCUGGUGCUGCUGGACCACGGCCUGUAUGAGGAGCUGAGCGAGAGGGACCGCCUGUCCCUGUGCCAGCUCUGGAGAGCAAUUGUCCUGCGCGACCACAAAGCCAUGAGGCAGCGCUCGGCCGAGCUGGGGGUCAAGGAUUACUUCCUGUUCUGCGAGAUCCUGCUGCAGCGGCCGCUGGGCCCCGGGCCCUGGACCUUGGCCAACGUGCUGACGAAGGCAGAGAGGGACUACAUGCAGGAGAUGGUGGCCCAGCGCUUCGAGAAGGUGGUGGAGAUCCUGAGGGCCCUGCCCCGGCCCAUGCUGCUGGUCUUCCGCAACCUCAACACCGUGAGGAGCAUCAACGCGGCCCUGGGCGCCCCUGUGGACCGAUACUUCCUGAUGGCCAAGAGCGCUGUGAGGAGCUGGAGCAGGCUGACAGGGGAGAAGGUGACCGGAAUCCGUGGGAGCAGCUUCUGCUGCUGGCUCAGGGUGACCUGGGAGAGCCUCAAGUUCGAGGUGGCCCUAAGGCUGGACUCGCUGUCCCUGAAGGUCACCAGGUCCCUCCUGCGGUUCCUCUCCUCCUGGGGGCUGCUGCCCCACAGCGAGCAGCUCCAGCCCCUCCUGCAGGGCUAGCUGGGGGGAGCUGGACCUACAGCCUGCCCCACAGCUGGCCCCUGCCCUACAACCACCCCACAACCACCUCCUGC